UGGGAUUCUGGUUACUGACUUCUAAGACCAUUGCUGCUUGACUGACCUGAUGAGAUGGUUUUUCGCUUACAGAAAAGUUGUAAGCAUUGUGACAGUGCGUUAGGACUUCAUUAUUAACGUUUAUGUUAAAAUUACAUCGCACAGGCAACAUCUGCAGUUUCGAAUUCACGUGCUUCGCUGGUAUCGGUGCAGGAAGCAGUGACGAGGCGCGUGAGGGGUGGGACAGUGUGCACUAGAGACGUGUCGCUGUCACUGCUGGGGGUGAGAGUGUUGUGGAAAACAGCCGUGGCAUCUAGAGCUGUGGUUUGUGUGUUGUCACCUCUCCAUUCCCAGUAGGUCAGAACCCUGGGAAAGAUUUGCAAGCAGUGUUUUCCUAAGUUUUUAAUUUCCACACAUGCAUAUUAAAACGAGCUGUGAUUAAAGUGAUGAUGUAUACGUGGGUUAAUAGUUGCAGGCUGAAAAGUGCUCCCUGCUCUGUCCCGGCCCAGCCCCGGAGGAAAGUCAGCCCUCAGUGAUUCCCUAGCACCUUGAUGUUAGAUUGCGAGGUUAUACGCGCUACAGCUGUUUCUUAGUGUAUCAUUUUUAGACCUCUGACACUUUCCAGUAGGUAAAGACGUUUGCCUUUUUCCUUCCGGUCAGCAGCAUUGCUUGCGUCGCAGUGACCACGUUUCUGUGUUCGUCCCUGAACCGGAUGGUUCGCUGUGCUUAGAGUUCCUUCCCAGACAGCGUUCUGCACAGGGGUUAACUUCGUUUUAUAUACGCCGAUUCUUCCCAGUCCCAAGUAGCUCUAAAACUUACCGAAUCCAUUUUCCACGUGGUCAGAGCCCGCCAGGAUACCAGUUCCCGCACAAACCGAUUUCUCUCUCAUUGGUGGUGCAUGGCUGUUUCCUGAGACCACCGUCCCCCGACUGCUUUUCCUCCCGUGAGUUGCAUUCCACGUGUCCUGGACCCCACGUCUUCAGGUUCCUUGGCGUGGAACACUUCUUUCAGGAACGAGGCUGGGGCUGCGUGGAGGGUCAGCUAUUACGAGACUUUAAGGCUGUUGCCUUGGGAUAGAAAUUUCCAGGUGGAAAAUCUGGAAUUCUGAAUGCUUUGCUCCUGGCUUCUAGUUCAAAUGUUGAUAAUCUGAUGCGAUUUUGUUUCUGAUUUGUUUCCUUGUUUUCUUUUGUUCUUAGUCAUUCUGAAGUUACGUGAUAGUAUGCUUUGGUGGGCUGUGGCAAACCGGAAAAUACUUUUCAGUUCUUGCCCCUUGCCCCACCCACACACCCUUUUUCUGGAAACUCCGUAAGGUUCUAGAGCGGCUGGGUUGAGCCUCCGGCCUUAUUCUUGCUCUUUUGGGGAGAUUUCUGUAACAUGGUUUUUUCACCCUUCCUACUGGAUUUUUAUUUUUGGCCAACCUGCAGUUGCCUGCCCGUGUGUAGCUCCGUACUUCACUGCUGCCUCCAUCCUGAGCCCUCCUGAAUUCCACGAGGCGGCCAACCUCACUCAUCACCCACUGAAUCCGCUAAGGCAGGUGGCUGCCAACCACCGUCUCCUCUCCGUAUGCAACACACUGGUUGAAAUCUUGUUCGGUAUCUUUUACUCCUAUUUUCAUUCUCUUAGUUUCGCCAUUAUUAUUCCUCUUCUGCCUUUCUGCUGGGGUCUGAGCGUGAGGGGACGUGAAUGUGCAUGUUAAGGACCAGAGGGGAGCUCGCUGGACGAGGUCACUGGGGAGUCCGUGUAUAAACACUUGCAUGUUCUUGAAAGUAGUAAAACGGUGUAUGGUAGACCAGUUCUUUCCUUGAAUCUUGCUGUUUUAAAGGGAUUUAAAAUAGUCCCUGCGUAAGUAAUACGCUCUUAAUUUUGAGGCUCAAGCAUUAAUUUUGGAGCAAUCAGCAGCAUCUGUGACUCAAGUCUCUGAUGCCAUUUACAGAAUUUCCUGGGAGUUGACUCUAGAUAAAGUGAGAUACAAUACUUGAAAGAAAAAGCAAGAAAUACUUGAAAUCAAGUCCCCAGAUUAAACAGUUCAUGUGAGAAUAUUUUCUUCUUGCGACCAGAAGCACUUCAUACGGCCUUUCAGGUAAAGCGAGGUGUGUUAUCUUGCUCUGCUCUUUGCUCCUAAGUGGUUCUGCAGAAUUCUAACUGGUCAGAAGCCAUGACCAAUCUCACCCCCUCACUGGCCUAAAGCACGGUUGGAUUCAGCCUUUGGUAUGAGAAGCUGCUUAGUCUCCACUGUCAUCCCUAAGGAGGAGUUAGUAGUGUACGGGAUCGUCAGGUUACAGGCGAGAGCAAAACGGUGAAUGCCCACAAUGAGGCAGUCGUUUCUUUAAAGGAUAGAUAGUUUAAGGCAUCGGGUAGUUUGGAGAUUAUUUUUACAACUGCGUGAUUAAAAUAACAACUAACAAAAACAUUUUCUUUCCCAAGAAAUUUGACAUUGCAUUUUAAUGUAUAAAGAACAUGCUUUUGAGAAAACGCUUACUGGUUCUGUGGUCUUCAUGGGACCAGUCCUCCGAUGUAGCUGCAGCCUGACGACACUUAAUUUCCCCCAAAGUAGAGUGAGGCCGAAUUGAAUAUCAGCGUAAAGGAAAUUUGUGGAGCAGAGAAUUGACAUGCAGUUAUGUUUCAGGGACGACAAAGGUCCGUCUAGUCACGGCAGUGGGAGGGAUUAUCAAGGGCCACAUAUCAGUUUACCUCCCCACCCGACCCGUGGUCUCUUGCUGGCUUAGUUUGUGCUGGUCUGUGUGGGGACGGCUCGUGGGAUCGCCCAUCCCACUGUAGCUGCUGCUGUGCACAGCAGAGGGCACAAUCUGCCUUGCGUGCGUGUGAGGCCACCGCAGAAGGGAAGGGCUGACGACAUUUCUGAGAAAGGAGAGUGCCCAGAACUCGCAGGACAAAGCCUUGGGCAGGAAGGGAAGCGGAGGGGUCACAGCGCUUCCAGCCCGUGGCGGGGCCGUAGCCACGCAGUCUCCUCCUCACCGUCCUUUCCCGUAGCUCCUGGAAGCCCCAGCGGUCCUCUGACCGGCCAUCACCCCAGUUACAAAGUCAUGACCUGGUCUGUCCCUCCUUACUCCCGCCCACCCCCGACCCGGUUGGUCUAGAGUCCUGAGCGAACGGGCGGUCAGAGCUCAGAGCAGCAGCCCCAGCGCUCCUGGGCGUCCACACAAGGAGCAUUCCAUUAAAGCGUAGUUUCAGUAAUGUAUUUACUGAAAACCUCAGACAGGACGAGAAAAGCAUUUGGGAUCUCACGCAGCUUGGCUAAAUGAACACUAAAUUUAGACCAGCAGUUUCGCGCUGAGGCUUGUGGGCCUUGCAGGGACACCCGUGCACUGAAGGGAGACGACGAACGACAGAAUUCGCAGAAAGAUUUAUGAUAGUUGCUUCUGAGUAAUUAAUAGUCACCUAGCAGUCGAAGGUCACGUUUUCGUGUUCCAACUUAACACAAGUCACUGGCUUCUACACUUGGCACGGGGCAUUUGAAGAAUAGGAUUGAUGCCAGCCCUUAGCAGUUUGCAGUCCACUGGGGAGAUGAAAGAGUUACACGGUCUUCUUGCACAAAGGAUGUGAGACAUCUCACCAGCAAAUGAAUUGUGUAAUAAAAGAGAAAUAUUUAAAGACCACUCACAAAAUGAAAAGGAGGCCCAGGGAAAAUGGAAGCGGGGUUAAGAAAUCGAGGGACAAUGAAUCACUCUCCCCAGGACGCUGGCUCCGACGGCAUUCACGAAGACAGAAAGCUUUACGUCGUGGAUUCCAUAAACGACUUGAACAAAUUGAACCUCUUUCCAGCCGGGUCCCAGCAUCUGUUCCCGCUGGAGGAGAAAACCCCAGAUGUUGGCACUAACUCAGGAAGUCGAAGCCACAGUCUGUUUUUCCUGGGGCUGAUCGUCGUGCUGAUUGUCGGUCUGGUGCUGGUUUCCUUCGUGAUGUUCCUCAUAGGCAGCUCCCAAGAGGGGAAAAGCGUCACGUGCUUUGGAUUUGCUUCAGCUUCACGCUUUCCAGAAGCAGGUGGCGUCUCUGCCGUGCGAUGCGGCAGAGCUCAGUUGAAACCCUUCCUUCGUGUCUUGGAUCAUAAUUCAUUCAACGUCAUGUUUCCGAUGUGGCGGAGAGGCAGCUUCUGGGCAGCAAUCUGUUCCCAGUUCGGAAGUUCAGACUGGGAACAAGAUGGACGACGUGUCAAGAAGACUGACAGCUGAGGGAAAGGACAUCGACGACCUUAAGAAAAUCAACAGCAUGAUCGUCAAGCGACUCGGCCAACUGGACGCCAAACGGAACUAGAC